AUGAGUGCGAAUCUGAGUCGCCGUAGAGUUGAAAAAGAAAGAGGGUUUCCGAGUUUUUGUAAGAAGUGUGGAGAAGCUGCUAAGAUUUUCACUUCUAAGACCAUCAAAAACCCAGGAAGACUUUUCCAUGGUUGUCCUAAUGGGAGUGAAGAGGAUAAGAAUCAUUUGUUUAAAUGGACUGAUGAAUCUGCUGUAGAAGAAAUUGAAGAUAUGAAGAGCCAUUUGGAGCUUCAGUCUCAGAGAUCUGGAUUUGGGAAAGAGAUGAAAGAGAUGAAAGAGUUGGUUGAUGGGUAUGAGAAAGAUGUGAAGAACUUGAAGAAGAUGGUUGUUUGUGGAGUUGGAAUGAUGGUAGUGUAUUACUAUUUUGCUAUGUAG